AUGACGACACUUUUCUGUGGCCUGAAGCGCUUGGAGGCUGAGCGUGAUCAGUCCGGUGGUGCUCGCGAGUCUGGCAAACGACCUUUUAUGUAUUCGAGAUACUACAGCGCAAUGGAACCUAAUGUGCCGAUCAAAGUCCGUCGAAACCAUUCAAACAUCGCACUUGGUGUGUGCUGA